GAGUGGGUAGCUCUGAAACCUCAGAAGAAAGGCUUGCUCAGGUACCUGGUCUUCCUGUCUCGAUGGAUUACACGUUGGAGCCCGAUGUCACGAUGACGGACUACUACCCUGAUUUCUCCACCAGCCCCUGUGACACAGAGCUCCUCGUCGGAGGCAGCAUGUUGUAUCUGGCCGUCUUGUACUGCAUCUUGUUUGUGCUGGGCCUUCUGGGAAACAGCUUGGUCAUUUUAGUCCUCGUGGUCUACAAGAAACUGAGGAGCAUCACAGACAUCUACCUCCUGAACCUGGCCGCUUCUGACCUCCUCUUUGUCCUCUCUAUUCCCUUUCAGACCCACAACCUGCUGGACCAGUGGGUGUUUGGGACUGCGAUGUGUAAGGUGGUCUCUGGCCUUUAUUACAUUGGUUUUUUCAGCAGUAUGUUCUUCAUCACCCUCAUGAGCAUGGACAGGUACCUGGCUAUUGUCCACGCUGUCUAUGCCAUCAAGGUGAGGACGGCCAGUGUGGGCACAGCCUUGAGCCUGGCAGUGUGGCUGGUUGCCAUCACAGCCACCAUCCCAUUGAUGGUUUUUUACCAAGUGUCCUCUGAAGACGGCAUGCUACAAUGCUUCCAAUUCUAUGACCAGCAGUCUUUGAGGUGGAAGCUUUUCACCCACUUUGAAAUCAACACCUUGGGUCUGUUGCUUCCCUUCGCCAUCCUUCUGUUCUGCUACGUCAGGAUCCUGCAGCAGCUGCGAGGCUGCCUGAACCACAACAGGACCAGAGCCAUCAAGCUGGUGCUCACCAUAGUCACCGUGUCUUUACUCUUCUGGGUCCCAUUCAACGUGGCCCUCUUCCUCACAUCCCUGCACGAAAUGCACAUCUUGGAUGGUUGUGCCACAAGGCAGAGGCUGGCUCUGGCCACCCAUGUCACAGAGGCCAUCUCUUUUGCACACUGCUGCGUGAACCCUGUCAUCUAUGCAUUCAUAGGAGAGAAGUUCAAGAAACACCUCAUAGAUGUGUUUCAAAAGACCUGCAGCCAUAUCUUCCUCUACGUAGGGAGACAAAUGCCAGUUGGGGGGUUGGAAAGGCAGCUGUCCUCGAACCAGCGAUCUUCCCACUCUUCUACGCUGGACUACAUUUUGUAGGGGUGGUGUGCAUGGCAGGCAG